AGCUGCAAUUUGCAAAUUGCAGCUCUUCACCGCCUUUGACGGGCGACACCUCGGGCAAUGCGAACGAACGAACUGACUGACUGACUGAAUAUGGAUUUCUUUCGCUCGAGCCGCAGUAUCCGAGCGCUUUUGGCUUGUUUACAAACAAGGAGACAUGUCUGUGUUUGUCUGAUUCGCCGACUUGGGGGAACAUUUCUCUCUUUUUUUUUUCCCCCCCCCCUAUUUUGUGAGACCCUUUCUUACUCUUACGGUCUCUCAGCAGCAGCAGCAGCAGCAGCAGCAGCAGCAGCAGCAGCAGGCGUUUACUCGGUCGACCGUUUACAGGAUCAGAGACAGGAGAGGAAGCGGUACAACACUAAUAAAACGUGUUUGCUAUCUUGGCGUCGUAGAAUGGGGAGAGGCAAAUGCGAUGUGGUUCAACGCCGAUUCCCACAUGCAGCGUGUAUAUGGGGUGAUUUUAUGCCGCUGCCCCUGAGCGACAUUAUAGCUUCGUAGGUAGGAAAUUCCCCUUCGUCUGCAAUCAUCUCUCACAGCUCUAAGAAAGAUGGCCCAGCCGAUCAGCCUCAUUCCAAAGUCCAAUGAGCCGGCCUGCUGGACGACAAGGCGCCUUUCUUACGUGCCUAAGAUAAGGAGCUUAUCACGUCAUUAUUUUCCGCAGUAUGAUAGGUCAUAUUUCUCGCGCUGGCUGGCUGGCUGGCUGGCUGGCCCUGUACGCUACCUGCUUAAUUUAUAUGAAGCUGCUUGCCGUGGGUGGUCACGGCAAUGCUGCUGUUCAACUGGGACAACACAUCGGGCUAAGGCGCUCUCUUACACAGGUUCCUUGAUCAGUUGAAAAUUCACGUGAGAAGAUGGUCGGUCAUCACGAACCAUGUUUUGGCAGGAGAGUUCUGACAUGUGUCUCUGGUGGGCUGAUGAGGCUCUGGCGCCACCUUAGAUAUCGGCACCGUACAUAUUAUCACUUGCCAUGUGGGUAACCAUGAUAAACUCUAAGAUAAGUCUUGA